GAUCAGCAGUUGGCUUUGGUACAGCCGAGCCCGAACGCUCAUCACGCGGGGAUGUGCCGUUCCGCACAGACGUCUCGUAAGGUGUCAUUGCAUGCAAGUUAUGCGACCAGUUUGAAAUAUUUAAGAAAAAAAGAUGUCCGAAUGUUUUAGGAAAUUACUGAAUGUUUAGUGUGACAGCUUCAAGUUUGAGAAGUGGACCUGUUCUCGUGCAGGACGAGGCCAGUCAAAGCAGCCCUGCAGGACACCUGCCAGUGGGAAACUCCAGAUUUUUAACAGACAGUUUUAAGUGAAGCGGCAGGAUGAGACGAGGGGAAGAGGAACACGACUCGGACAUCACGUUACCGUUUGUGCCGGAGGCGUGAUUUACAGUUUUCCACCAUGGAAGAGAAGUUCAAUAGACUCGUCUUCAUUCCCAUUGCGGCCGUGCUCUUCUUAAUGAUCGGCUACCAGUAUGUGUGCCCGGCGGACAGCAACACCUGCUACUUUAGAAGUGACGAGAAGGGGCUUUUCCAGCGCUACUCAUCAGGGUUUGAGUUAGUUUACACAGAGGCGGACGAGGACCUACCCUCCAAAAUCACAUCCAAAUUUAACUUCACGGAGCGGGACCUGGACAGGCACGUCGACUUCAACAUCCGAGGAGAUGAUGUGAUGGUGUUCCUCCACAUUCAGAAGACCGGCGGGACGACGUUUGGGCGGCACCUGGUCAAAAAUAUCCAGCUGGAGCAGCCCUGCGACUGCAUGCCCGGCCAAAGGAAAUGCACCUGCCACCGGCCCGGUAGAGCCGAGUCGUGGCUCUUCUCCCGGUUCUCCACAGGCUGGAGUUGCGGGUUGCAUGCGGACUGGACCGAGCUCACGAGCUGUGUGCCUGUAGUGAUGAACAAGAGGGACAAGAAAAGUGCCCAAAAGAACAAAAGGAACUUCUAUUACAUCACCAUGCUACGCGACCCCGUGUCACGCUACCUCAGCGAGUGGAAGCAUGUGCAGCGCGGGGCCACUUGGAAAACCGCCCUCCACAUGUGUGACGGCCGCUCGCCCACUCAGGACGAGCUCCCCGCCUGUUACAGCGGCGAAGACUGGACCGGCGUGCCCCUCGCGGACUUCAUGAGCUGCCCCUCCAACCUCGCCAACAACAGGCAGGUCCGCAUGCUGGCCGACCUCAGCCUGGUGGGCUGCUACAACAUGACGACGGUGAGCGAGCUGGAGCGCGGCCGCGUGCUGCUCGCCAGCGCCAAGGCCAACCUGCGCAACAUGGCCUUCUAUGGCCUGACGGAGUUCCAGCGCAAGACGCAGUAUCUGUUCGAGCGGACGUUUGGCCUGCGCUUCAUCCGGGCCUUCACGCAGAUCAACAGCACGCGUGCCGCCAGCGUGGGCAUCAGCGAGAAGGUGCGCUGGCGCAUCGAGGGGCUAAACGCCCUCGACGUGGAGCUGUACGAGUACGCCAAGGAGCUGUUCCUGCGGCGCUACCAGUACAACCGCCAGAGGCAGCACCGGGAGGAGCGUCUGCGGAGGUGGCGGGAGAGGCAGCAGAGGCAGCGGCUGCACAGGCCCUAUCUGGCCGAGCUGUGGCGACUGGGAGGGGGGGGGGAGGGGGGGAGGGGGAAGAGGAGCAGGUGAAGGGGCUAGAGGAGGUAGCCACUACAGAGGACUACAGCAGCCAGGUAGUGAGGUGGUGAGGGGUGGGGGACAGCACAGGGACUGAAAAACACCAAUGAACUGACUGAUUCAUUGUGCUUUACUCUCCUCCGGGUCUCUCCUCCGCUGUCAAUCUGCCAAAAUCCUCCUGCCCCGUCAUGGCCUCAUAGCUCUUUGUUGGACUGCCGAAUGGUGUCUUAAUAUUUAUGAUGGAUGUAUUUGUCAUGGCAACAUAAACAUUUUGUAUUUUUAUUCUUCUUCUAAUGGCUUAUUUUGGCACUGCAGUUGUGACUUGUAUUUAUUUAUUCAUUAGCAAGUGCUUUGAAUGUCCUCAAAGCGGAGAAAAUGUUUCCUCAAUUUCGCUAAUAAUUAGAACUGGGAAAAACAACGUGCUUCGUGAGGAAGGGCAAUUUUAGUCUAUUAAAAAAAAAAAAAAUGGAGGAGGACCUGAAGGAUCCUCUGUGUCAUGUUUGUGAUCUAGCGCCGUGUUGCUCAGUGAAAUCUUGUAGUUACUCUGUGGUGUUUGGCUUCAUAAGAAUAUCAAAGCACAAACUUGGCAAUAGUCUGCAGUGUGUUUUUUCUCCCGCCCUGACUGAUUGAGCUGCAAUCUACAGAAAGGCAAUUUCUCGCAGGAAAUGUGUCCAAUAAAAAUAUGCAGCAUCCAGUCAUGUAAAUUUGUCCUUGAUGGACUCUCUCUCUCUCUGGUACGCAUGUGUACGUGAACGUGUUCUACCUUGCUCCUUUUUUCACAGCAUGUUCUCACCAUAAAAAUCUGAAAUCUUCA